GGUACCUCACACUGCUUCUCGUAGUUACUUCAGCGACCCUCGCCUUUUGGUCAGACUGCCUUCGAGGCUACUCCUGCCUGGCCUGGGGACCGAAGCUGACUGCGAGCUAGCGUUGUGUAUUCUGCUACCCCGGCCUAUUGGUCCCGUUGAGGCACAUCGACUACCCGAAGCCCGAAAAGCUGAGCUGUACUUGGGUGGCAACAAUCUCGGCUGCUGCCGAAAACUUGCUCCUGCUUCCCCUCGUCAAUCACAGAUAUCUGUCCUCAGGUCAUGGAUGCUCCAGCAUCGAGUACGCAACAACGUCAUCCGGAUCACUCUUCCACCACUGUACGAAGGUCUCCACCUGGCUCAUUGGGCGGCUCCCCCAAAGGAAUGAUGAUACAUCCUCCCACGCCAUUCACGGGUAUGCCACAAGGCGCCCGCGGCCCCGGUCUUGCUCCUGCACUGCCUCUAUUAGAGUCACGAUCACCUGGAGGAUACAACUCUGGCUCAUAUCGACAUUCCACCUCACCAAGCACUGCAUCAGGUGGUAUACCAGAAAGCUCCGCCACCGAUCACUCCAGCUUAGUGAUCUCGCCCACUCACGUAACGUCUGCCAAUCUCAACGCACAAAAACGAGCGUACCGACAACGAAGAAAGGACCCGUCGUGCGAUGCAUGCCGGGAGCGUAAAGUCAAGUGUGAUGCAACCGAAACAACGGCAUGCUCUGAAUGCUCCAGCCGAAACCACAAGUGCCAGUUCACAAAAGAUACGAACCGACGCAUGUCGUCGAUAAAACAAGUCCAGGACCUGCAAAGUCAGAUCGCCGAGCUUCAACAAGAAAAACAGCACCUCCUUAAUCGAAUGGGAGGGCAGGACAAAAUGGACGUAGAUCCUCCGUCUAGAAAUCAUAGAGAGCAGAGACCGCAGUCAUCGGCUACAGCAGGAAGAGCGCCGGCGCCCGCUAUGGAAAACUUUGAACACGUCCGAAAUAAUAUCUACGUUCACUCGGCUGGCAUUUUCCAACCCCCAAGACCCCAUCUCCGAUAUAAGCCUUCAGAGUCAGCAGACGCACUUCCCAGCAUCCCCCCGCGAGCGGAUUUCGCUCACAUCUCUCGACGGUAUCUGGACACGAUACACGACGCCUAUCCAGUCUUACACUGGCCCACGUUCCAGCGCGAAGUCGAUCAGGUGUAUACGGCCAGGAGCUUUAACGGAAUAUCGAGGGAUUGGAUUGGCAUGUACUUUGCGGUUCUUGCCUGUGGCUGUCUCAACGCGGAACACGAUGCCCCUCAUGGACACAAUAGUGGAAUGAACUUCUACGACAUCGCAACACAAAUGCUGAGUCCUUGGCCACAAGAUGGGAGCAUGGAUCAGGUACGGCAGCUCUUUCUCCUGGGAUUAUUUGCUACGGAGAGCAACAUGAAGUCCGCCGGGUCGAUGUGGCUUGCGUGUGCAACCAGGGUUGCGCAGAGCAUAUCGCUAAGCCGCGAGGAUACCGCCCAUUCUGCGUUUGAAGUCGAGAUGCGAAGACGGCUGUGGUGGGCAAUUUACGUACAGGACAGAUUAACAUCGCUCGGGGUCAACCUACCGUUCACGAUCCACGAGGAUGACUGCGACGUCUCGCUUCCUUCCCCUAUCGACGACCGUUACAUUACUUCAUUGAAUGUACCGUAUCCACAAAACAUGUCGGCCUCCCCGUUGGUGGCGCUGGUCAGGACUACCAGACUUGUUUCUGGAAUAAGGCAAUCAUUAAAGUCAGAAGUCAUCGCCAACAAUGACCUGCAAGCCCAUGAGGAGCAGUUUAGAUCGGUUUUAUCUCAACUACCAGAGGCCUACAACCCACAUUCAGACGCACGCUUGGAACCUUCAUCCCUCAUGCCAAUCAUUGCGCUUCACUUUGCGCGCUUCCAACUGUACAGACGCAAUCUGUCGCCAGUCUGCGCACCAGCAGACAGAGGGGCUGCAUUGACCCAUUGCGCGGCUGUUGCGCACGACACCGCGAAAAUCCUUCAGCGUGCCCUGCACACACUCGAUCCGGACAAGAAUUGGGCUCGACGCAUGGCGAGCAACACUGUGUGCCUCCACUUUUGGAGGUGCAUCUUGAUACUAUGCUUGCAAAAGGAGUUCCAAGCUGCCCAGAUUAUAAUAGCCACAUCGGCAGCCAUUGGGAACAUACGGAAGAUCAACACAGCUUGCGGAAAGAACAUGGUGUUCUUUCUGGAGCAGCUCGCUGAACGCGCACGCAGAGGCGACGGCCGCAUGUAUCAAUUUGCCGACGACGAAGAGCUACUUGCGUAUGCAAGCGGGGACUUGCAGAGCAGCCUCGAGCACUCUUGGGCGUGGGCAGGUGCAACUGGAAGGACGACACAUGCGCGUGGGACGAGCGACCCCUUACGGUCUGAUCCGAGUGCACCAGACAAUGGAGAAAGGAAUUGGCCUGGCUGGGGCGCGGUGGAAUACAUGAUGUCCACGUUGAUGGGAUUGCAGAAACAGUCUGAACGGAAUGCGCCAGCGUACUAUCCCACACCUCAUAAUCCUAUGAAGAGGGUGCAAUUGGCAUCCGACGCACCUGCCGCUACCUCCCCAAAAUCAUCGACGGCGCCGUCGAACGCGAGCCGCAUCAGCAUUGCCAACAUCAUAUGAAGGCACGAGAAACGGUUUGAGGAAAUAGAAUUGGCCGUCGAUCAACCAGUCGUUGCUCUCGAUGCCGAUUCCUGGGGCAACUACCCGUACGCGACGCUGGUCUAAAUCUUUCGCUACAUACCUACGAUGUACACGGGAUCAUUGUACGACUACUCUCUUUUUUCACG